UCUUUAAGAGAGAAGUGAGACAAAGUCAGACACCCACUAUUAUUAUUAAGACUCUUAACCACCCUUCCAACAACACUGUUCUCACUUCUCAGUCUGUUUUUCAAAACCAACUAACCUUGUUGUGAAUAGAUUGGAUGUGGUGAGGAAACAAUGGGUUCUUGCAAGGUCCCUUACAGUGUUCUUCUGCUUUACUUUGUCAUUGGGACCUUUUUUGUGUCUCAAUGUUCUGCUAUUGGAGUUGACGCCAACAUUACAGCACGACUGCUUGUAAAUGCUUCUGACGCAGCAGGACGACCAAUACCCGACACACUUUUUGGACUAUUUUUUGAGGAGAUCAACCAUGCUGGUGCUGGUGGGUUGUGGGCAGAGCUUGUAAGCAACAGAGGUUUUGAAGCUGGGGGUCCUAAUGUUCCUUCAAAUAUUGACCCUUGGUCUAUUAUUGGGAGUGAGUCAUCCCUUAUUGUAUCAACUGACCGCUCAUCACUCUUUGAGCGCAAUAAGAUUGCCCUCAAAAUGGAGGUGCUCUGUGACAGUGAAGGCACCAAUAUCUGUCCAGUUGGGGGAGUUGGUGUUUAUAACCCGGGGUUCUGGGGCAUGAAUAUUCAAAAUGGAAAGACAUACAAAGUGGUUCUCUAUGUUCGUUCAUCAGGAGCAAUUAACGUAUCUGUAUCAUUGACAGACUCAAAUGGCUUGCAGACACUAGCAACUGCUAACAUCAUAGCUUCUGCUUCUGAUGUAUCAAACUGGACGAAGGUGGAGGUGCUGUUGGAAGCCAAAGCCUCGAAUCCUAAUUCGAGACUUCAAUUGACAACAACCACAGCAGGAGUUAUAUGGUUUGACCAAGUGUCAGUUAUGCCCUUGGACACAUACAAGGGACAUGGUUUCCGAAGUGACCUUGUUGAAAUGCUGACAGACUUAAAACCUCAAUUUCUCAGAUUUCCAGGUGGCUGUUUUGUUGAAGGUGAAUGGUUAAGAAAUGCAUUUCGCUGGAAAGCAUCUAUUGGACCCUGGGAGGAGAGACCAGGGCACUUUGGUGAUGUUUGGAUGUACUGGACUGAUGAUGGACUUGGUUAUUAUGAGUUUCUUCAACUGGCAGAGGACCUAGAUACAUUGCCAAUAUGGGUAUUCAACAAUGGAGUCAGUCAUAACGAUCAAGUCGAUACUUCCAAUGUCAUGCCUUUCGUGCAAGAAGCCCUUGAUGGUAUUGAGUUUGCUAGGGGUGAUCCUAAUUCUACAUGGGGUUCUAUUCGAGCUGCAAUGGGACACCCAGAACCUUUUGACUUGAGAUAUGUUGCUAUUGGGAAUGAGGAUUGUGGGAAAAAGAAUUACCGAGGAAAUUACCUCAAGUUCCAUAGUGCCAUAAUGCAGGCCUAUCCAGACAUCAAAAUGAUCACAAACUGUGAUGGGUCUUCUCAACAGUUGGAUCACCCUGCAGAUUUUUAUGAUUUUCAUAUUUAUACAUCCGCGAAUGACUUGUAUUCUAAAGCUCAUAGAUUUGAUCAUACAUCACGUAAUGGUCCAAAGGCUUUUGUAAGUGAAUAUGCUGUAACUGGGACAGAUGCUGGCAGAGGAAGUCUUUUAGCAGGACUGGCCGAGGCCGCAUUCCUUAUUGGGAUUGAAAAGAACAGUGAUAUUGUUGAAAUGGCAAGCUAUGCACCGCUUUUUGUGAAUGUCAAUGACAGGCGGUGGAAUCCAGAUGCAAUUGUCUUUGACUCGUCACAGCUUUAUGGAACACCUAGCUACUGGGUGCAACGCUUUUUCACAGAGUCAAGUGGAGCAACUAUUCUUGAUACAACACUCCAAACAAACACGUCACUUAUUGCAUCUGCAAUUAAUUGGCAGGACUCAAAUGAUGGCAAGAAUUACCUAAGAAUAAAGAUAGUGAACUUUGGAGGUGAUAAAGUCAAUCUCACGAUUAGUGUGGGUGGAUUGGAUCCUAACUCCAUACAAUUAUCUGGGUCAACAAAGACUGUACUCACUUCUGGUAAUUUGAAGGACGAGAAUUCCUUCAACCAGCCAAAAAAGGUAGCACCAACCAAGACUCUACUUGAAAAUGCUGGCACAGAAAUGAAUGUCAUACUCCUUCCUCAUUCUUUCACUUCAUUUGAUUUGUCAAAAGAAUCCAGCAAUAUCAGGACUACAGGAACUGAUUCUUCCUCUCGAGCUUCUUUUUAAACUAUUAAUUGAUGAAUAUUUAGUGUAAUUUUAUGAAUUAAUCAGAAUAACUCUACGAACAUGACAUCGUCGUGCGCUAGCUAUUCAGUUAUAACGUCAUGUUGUAGAUAAUAUCAAACUUGCUGCCUUUUAGUUCCAUGCUUGUAACAUCUUUGUGGAGACAAUUCUGUCCUAUAGUUAUUUUCAGAGCUUAUGUGUUUGUGAGUGUUAUUAUAUCAAACUUGCUGUUUUUCA